UACAACGCUGUCCUACUGAAGUGAGCUAGCGUUUGAAAUAUUGACUUGAUUGGAGAUGCACAGGGGCGCGCGCACACCUAUCCAUCAUCAAUUGCCUCCUUCCAUCCCGGUCCACUGAAUCCACUUUAAAACGAGUGAUGCAUAAACAAUCAAAGGCAAAAUAUGUUUGGUUUGCAGAUGAAAUCCCUGCUGAGAAGGAUGAAAGCCCGGCAGCCUGUCAUCUCAUUGGAUGUUUGGGUGCGUCCUCACCGCAAAGAUCCUUCAUCCGAGCAACUCAGUCAAGGCACAGGCACUGUAAUGGCUGUGAAUGACACCUGUUAUGGCUGUAUGGUUUUACAGCUUUUCAAACAGUGAUUGUUUACCGCGACUGUUUUAACAUCAAGUAGAAAGAACAAGUCUGGAUGCGGUGCGCGUGCAUUGACGACGCUGGAAAGGUCUCCAUCAUGCUGAAGGUGCAGUCUGAAAGGUAGCAGUUCAAACGCUUACUUCAAGACAGACUUAUUUAAUCAUUUCACCCUUCGAUUCCCAUGAUGGCUCUGACCUGCCUUUGUGAGUCUGUAAAUGGAUCAGACCAGGAUUAUGUGCUCUGCAAUAGCACUACAUUCAACUUUACUGGCAACGAGAGUGGACACUGUCACCUUCAGACCAUGGAUGAGGUUCUGUUUAGGCUUCUGGGCCCUCGACGAUCUUCUUUCUUCUUCCCCAUAACCUUUAUGUACAUCCUCAUCUUCAUCACAGGGGUCUUGGGAAACCUCCUCACUUGCGCUGUGAUCACUAAAGACAGGAAGAUGCGGACACCCACCAACCUAUAUCUUUUUAGCCUGGCCAUCUCAGACCUGCUGGUGCUGAUCUUCGGGAUGCCGCUAGAAAUCUACGAGCUCUGGCAGAACUACCCCUUCCCCUUUGGCGAAAGCAUCUGCUGCUUCAAGAUCUUUUUAUUUGAGACGGUUUGUUUUGCUUCUGUGCUCAACGUUACAGUGCUGAGCGUGGAGCGUUACAUAGCUGUGAUUCACCCACUCAAAACCCGCUACGCUAUAACCAACAAGCACGCUCAAAGGGUCAUCGCUAGCGUUUGGGUUCUGUCCCUGAUCUGCGCCAUCCCAAACUCUUCACUUCAUGGCCUGCAGUACCAGUACCUGCCAGAAAGGGUUCUGGAGUCAGCUACCUGCAACCUGCUCAAGCCCAAAUGGAUGUACAACUUGGUGAUCCAGGUCACCACUGUGCUCUUUUACUUCGUCCCCAUGAUGAUGAUCAGCAUGCUCUAUCUGAUGAUUGGUCUGACACUGGGCAGGGGACAGAAACAGAGGAAGGACAAGCUGGACAAGAACCAAGACAGCUGGAAAAUCCAUCUGGACAGCAGAAGGAGGAGGCAGGCCACCAAGAUGCAUUUUGUGGUGGUUUUAGUUUUUGCCAUCUGCUGGGCUCCGUUCCACAUCGACCGACUCUUGUGGAGCUUCAUCACGAGUUGGACGGACCACAUGCAUAACAUAUUCGAAUAUGUGCACAUAAUAUCAGGCGUGCUCUUCUACCUCAGCUCCGCCGUUAACCCCAUCAUCUACAACUUUCUCUCCAGUCGUUUCCGGGAGCGCUUUCAAGCGCUGGUGUGCAGGCGCCUGCCAUCGAGCUCUUCUCGUAAUGACUCAACGCCUUUCUACAUCAUCCCCAAAGACCCCCCCACUGAUCUCCAACGUCCAGGCUAAGAGCAGGAACACGGGCGGCUCACUUCCUUUUGUCAUUAUGCAGCAGCAGGUGGGAACCAGAGAGUGAAUGCUUUCAUGCGAGACAACAUGCUCUGUGAUCUCCCAUGGGAAGCCUAGGUUACCUCUCGCUAAGAACAGAAAAAGACUAACAUUAAACGUAUCAAGUAUGUAUUUAAAUAUAUUUAAAUAUUUGUCAAAAAAAAAAAAAAAAAUAGGCAGUUCUUUAAAACUACAUGUGAAUGGGCACAUACUGUGUUAAUAUGGUCUAUUAGGCUUUUUGAAGCUAAAGACCAACUUAAGCUAAUGAUAACCAGUGUAGUUAUAUAAAAAUUGAAUGAAAAUAAAACACCAUAUACAGUUUUUCAGAAGUGCCAGGCCAUUCAUGGA